GCCAUGCCAUUGUCUCUAUCUGACACAUACGUAAGUACAUGUACAUACAGUACAGAGUAGCCAGCUUGUCUUCUAGAGUCUGCAGCAAGCCUAACACGCUUUGUCGGAUCUCUCACUAGGGGCUAAGAGGUCUCUAAAGACGUAUCAACUGCACCUUCAGCCACAAUCCAUUUGAGAAAACAUCACUCAUUAUUGGUCACACUAGUCCAGCUUGUGGACCAGCGUCCAUCUAAAACUGCUUGUUGUGCACACAGAGGCUAAGCAUGGCGGACGGCAUUUUGAACAUCAUUCAACGAAAGAAUCCUGACAAAGAAUUUGACAUCUUAAAACAGAUUGGCAGUGGAACGUAUGGAGAAGUUUACAAGGCUCGUGUGAAGGCAACAGGUCAAAUGGUAGCUUUGAAGAUAAUCAAAUUGGAGCCAGGCGAGGACUUCAACAUCAUCCAACAGGAGAUUGCUAUCCUAGCCGACUGCAAACAGCGAAACAUUGUAGGGUUCCAUGGCAGCUAUCUCAGACGAGACCGUCUAUGGAUAGCCAUGGAGUAUUGUGGAGGAGGAUCAGUGCAGGAUAUUUAUCAUGUGACCAACCAGGGGCUGAACGAGUUACAGAUUGCUUUUAUUUGUAGAGAAAUGUUGGCGGGUCUAGAGUAUUUGCACGAGCGGAACAUGAUCCACCGAGACAUCAAGGGAGCCAACAUCCUACUCACAGAUGAUGGAGAAGUCAAACUAGCUGACUUUGGUAUUGCUGCUCAGCUGACACAGACUCUGAUGAUGAAGAGGAAGUCUUUCAUUGGUACACCUUACUGGAUGGCCCCAGAGGUGGCAGCAGUAGAGAGGAAGGGAGGCUACAACCAGCAGUGUGACAUCUGGGCUGUGGGGAUCACUGCCAUUGAGUUUGCCGAGAAACAGCCACCCAUGUUUGACCUGCAUCCAAUGAGGGCGCUGUACUUGAUGACAAAGCGUAACUUUCGCUCCCCCGGCCUACAACACAAAAACAAAUGGUCUGACAACUUCCACGAUUUCCUCAGAAACGCACUCCAGAAGGAGCCCAGAAGAAGACCAACAGCUACUGAACUACUCAAGCAUGAGUUUGUGAACCGACCUGCUCUGUGCUCCACACUGACAAUCACGCUGAUCAAAGUGCUGGAGGCCCCACCCCCUAAGCCCAAGACCCCCGUCGAAGAGGACCCAGAAGAUGAGCCCGAGGAUUUUGGAGAGAAGAAGAAAAAGUUCAAGCGUAUCUCGUCAGUAAAGAACCAGGACAGAAUAUCGAGACAAACCUCUGAUGCUGAAAUGGGUGGUCUGAAUCUGCCAGUGCCCAGGAACUCUCAGGCUGGUAGACAAGACAUGCCUCCAUGGCUCGCCAGCGCUGCAGAUGCUGAGGUCGGAUACAAGCCAAGGAUCCAAAGACUCGACACUGCUCCGAUGAGUGAGGACACAGAGGAAUACUAUGACCCAGACCAGGACAAGGAUUCGUCCAAAGAACCACCCCCUCCCCCUUAUGCUCCACCCAUCCCUCCACGACAAUCACAAAAGGUUGAGGGUGCCCAGUCUCCGACUGAGAGUCCAUUAUAUGGCAACGUAGGCCAACCUCCCGUCCCUCCUCGUCACCGCCCUACACAGACCUCUCCUCAGAUUCCACCAUUGCCACCAAGGUCUACAAAGACGAAUGGCCCCAGCCGCCCUACGAGGCAGUCAGAGAGUGGCAGAGCAUAUUUCUCCAAGAUCUUCAAUGGGUGUCCGCUUCACCUAACCUGUGCAGCAGCAUGGACCCACCCUACCACAAAGAAACAGUACGUGAUGCUGGGUGCCGAGGAGGGCCUCUUCUCCCUGCUAGUCACCGACAACCCUGAGCCAGUCAUGGAACAAGUCUCCUCUCGAGCCUGCCAUUGGCUGCGUGUAGUUGAGUCUGCUCUAGUCUGGCUGGCGGGCUCCAGUCGCCACAUCAACAUGACCAACCUCGUCCUCUUGUUCCAGACUGAUGCUUCGAAGGCCAGCAUCCCUCAUGCAAGCUAUGGCCGGUCCAAGACCCACACCACCAGAGUGCCAGACUCCAAGGGCUCCUCUCACUGCUGCGUGGUUCGGAACCCGUUCACUGAGCAGCGGUACCUGGUAGCAGCAGUGUCUCGAGGACUACUCCUCAUGCAGUGGUUCCAGCCCCAUCAGAUCUUCAAACAUGUCAUGCACUUUGAGUGCCAACUACCCCAGCCACUAGUCAGCUUGGAGGCCUUCAUUGAUGACAAGGAAGAGUACCCUUCUGUCUGCUACGGAAUAAAAAUUCUUGCGGACUCUUCCAUCUAUUUCGAGAGCAUCAACCUGAACACAGCGUCCAACUGGUACACAGACAAGCCAGACGGGAAGGAUCUCUCCAUACUCUCUCUACAGCAGCUAGAGAAAGACACCUUCUUUGUUGGGCUCGAACAUAAGGCAAUGUUUGUGGACAGACAAGGCAAACUAAAGCCCAGCCAACUCCAGGCAUCGGAACUGAACUUCGACAAGCCGUCAGAAAGGAUGGUGCAUCUGUCCAACUGUGUGCUGAGCUUCCACAGGCACGGGAUGCAGGGGAAGUCCCUAGCCACACAACAAGUCACGGCUGAAGUUGCCGACGGCACCAAAGUCUUCCACUUACUCGGAUCACACGGGACUAUCAUAAUCGAGACUCGACCCCUCACUGACCCCAGUGCCCCCUCAAAUAUCUACAUUCUCGUGUCAGAAGACAGUCCGCAAAAUUGAAUCAAAUUUCCCCUCUCCUGUGACACUUUAGUAAUUCUUUGUACACUGCUCAGUAAUUCAGUAAUCUAUUGUGUGCUUAUUGAGUGUAUUGACAUUGCACUCAGUAAUUAUAGUUCAUUCAACUGCACUGUGUGUAGUAGUCAGCAAUUUUACUUUCUUGUGUACCAACUUCUGCAAUAGUGUUCAUGUUUUGGUAUUUGUAAGAAAGUGUAUAGUUUUGUAGAAUUGUAGCAUAAUGAGAUAUAAACUAUAGUUUUGUUAUUUUUAAGUUUGUUUGUUUUGCCUUGUGCAUGUAUUUCAAUUAAUUUUGAACUUACGAUACAUGUAUAUUAACGAGAAUGAA